AUGGUGCUCUUAGUGACCAAUUUUUUAUUUGUUUAUUAUUAGAUAAAAUGGUUUAGUUUCGUUCAGAUUGUUUAAACCGUUAGAUUCGAUCAAAUUUUUUUCUCUGGGCGCUUAAACUUUCCUUUUUUUGAGUAACUCAGAAAAGGAAAUUAUUAACUCGAAUUUCCUUUUUUCCGUGUCUGUGUUAGUCACCGACGUAACUGAACCCAAAUCUACAAAAGACUCAUAUCUCUUCUCCUUAGCUCCACUUCCUUCUAUUUUGCUCUCUUCCACUAUUUUCUUUUACGUUUUUCUCCAUUGCGAUUCAAACCCUAAAAUUUCUUUUCAGAGCGAUUAUUUCUCGAAACCCUAGAAAAUCAACUCCGAUUGAAAAGAUGCAGUCAAACGAAGAAUUCGUGAAGUUUCUUGGAGAAGGCGCUUACGGUUACGUUAACCUAGUCCGCUACACUAACCCCGACGACGGCUCUUCGUUUCUCUCCGCCGUCAAAAAUUCUUACGACGCAGACUACGACACUCUCCAAAAAGAGUUAGAGAUUCUUCUCAAACUCAGGGGAUGUCCCAGGAUCGUUACAUGUUUCGGUCACUCUCUUCGUCAAGGUCUCAGCAAUUACGGUAACAAAGUCCACAAGCUUCAACUCGAGUACGCUUCCGAAGGUAGUUUAAACGCUUUCAUGGACCAUUACGCCGACAGAAAGUUGCCGGAGCCGUUGGUAAAAGAUUUCACGCGAAUGAUUCUCGAAGGUUUGGUCUCGAUUCACGACCAUGGUUAUGUUCACUGCGACAUCAAACCAGACAACUUACUUGUCUUCCCUUCGAGACAAGAUUCGUUCGAGCUCAAGAUUUCUGACUUCGGCAACACGUUAGAGGUGGGAGAGGUUCCUAAAUUCUGGGAAAGCGAGUUCCCGUGGGUGGGGACUCCUAUCUACAUGCCGCCUGAGUCUGUCCGUGACGGCUUCGCCAACAAAGGAAUAGAUUUGUGGUCGGUGGGGUGUUUGGUACUGGAGAUGUACACGGGCGUGAUUCCUUGGGAAGGUGUUAAUAUCAAUCUUCUAGCGACUCGUCUUCGUUGUGGUAAAGCUCCUGAGAUCCCUGAGAGUUUGCCUUCUGAUGCAAAGGCUUUUAUUGAAACGUGUUUCUCAAGGAAUCCUGAGGAGAGAGGAAGCGCGCGUGAGUUGUUGCUUCAUCCCUUCUUGCCUCGUCCACAAGUUGAAGAAGAAGCAGAGGACAAGAAGACAAGUAACUCGUUUCUGUUGAAGCUGUUCAAGUUGAGAAUCAGACGAACAAGUUCCAACAAGAAACCAACGGCGGAUGUUGUUGCUGUUUCAGACAAAAAGCCUCUGAAGUUCAGGUUUUUCCCGACAAAGACCACACAGUUUAAGAGAACUCUGAACAAAGUCUUGAGGUUGAAGAAAUCGACAGACUUCAAUUUAGUGUCUGUCCAUUAAGUUUUAGUCUGUAGUUAUCUGAUGAUUAACUUUUGUCU